AUGAGACGAGAUCUAUUUAUAAUCCUGCAGCUUGGGCUGGCGUUUUUGCUUAUCUUUGCGGCAUUCAACAGCCAGGGAUUUAUUGAGAUAGCAGUUUUGAGAAGUAUUUCUCAGAAUCCGGGCUCUGGGAUAUCCGCGAAUUCUGGAUAUUACAGCAUGUCGGUAAUCUAUUUCGUCUUUACUUUCUGCAAUUUGUUGGCGCCGCCGGUGAUUUCUAGGCUUGGGCCUAAGUUAUCAAUGAUACUGGGUGCAGCUUGUUAUGCAUUAUUUUUGGCUGGAUUUUUGCAAUUAUCCGCUUGGCUGCUAUAUUCAUUAUCUGCACUUCUUGGAAUGGGAGCUGCGUUGAUAUGGACAGCCAACGGAGUCUAUCUCGUAAGAUUCUCUCGCGAAGGCAAAAUGGCAAGGAACAGUGCGAUUAUGUGGACGAUGCUUCAAACAUCACUCGUCGUCGGAGCCAUUUUCUUGGCAAUCGUAUUACAUGAAAGUGAUCUCGUCUCAUCUUUCCGUUUUGUUUACGCUAUCUUCACCGGCAUCUGCGUGGCAGGAAUUAUCGUUUUGAUCGCACUUCCCUCAUCUCCAGAAUCUAUCAUAUUUGAUGAGGAACGUGCGGAAUUGAUUGACAAUGAAAUACUACCGGGCGACGCCGAACAGCAGCGGCCCCCAUCAAGAAAUGUGGCAGAUAUCUCCACCAUGACGCUGGCUGAGGAAUUUGGUCAAACAUUCGCCUUGGUCAGAACCCCGAAAAUGGCGAUGCUGAUCGCACUUUUCCUAUUUUCUGGAAUCGAGAGCAGUUUCUAUGCUGGAGUCUACACCGCGUGUCUGUCAGCUUUUAAACACCUCAGCGAUACCUACAAUGCACUGAUUGCAUACGCUGUAUUGGCGAUGGGGGCUGGUCAAAUCGUCGGAGGCUUAUGGUUUGGACUCGGAGCAAAAACACCUUCAAAAUUCGGAAGAACCGGUGUGGUGAUGUUUGGAAUCGCGCUCCACUUCACCGCGUAUUUUCUGUGUUUCCUCAACUUGCCUAUGACAGCUCCACUUGGAGAUACGACCGAGACUGGCUAUGUUGAGCCUAGUCUGGUUACCGCGCUAAUUACCGCAUUUAUGCUUGGCUUGGCCGAUUCUGCUCUCCACACCCAACUUUAUACAAUGCUGGGCGGUAUCUACAAAGAUGAAUUGUCCUCGGCUGCUUUUGCUUUAUUCAAAUUUUUCCAGUCACUAGCAUCUUGCGCAGCUUUCUACUACGGUAGUGUACUAUUGCUGCAUUGGCAGUUGUUGAUCUUGGUUAUAUUCGGAGCAGCCGGAGCUGUCGCUUUCUUCACCGUUCACGCCUGGGCUUCACAAGAAAUUCAGACCCUGGAAACGACCGAGCAG